UAUUCCUUCUCUCUCCGUUACCUCUCAAUUCUCACGCUCUAUUCACACUUCGAUAGAUACGAUUAUCCGGACGUUAUAGCGGGACAAGGAACGCUCGGCCUCGAGAUCGUGGAGCAAGUUUCCAACAUAGACGCUGUGGUGAUUCCGAUCGGAGGCGGCGGUUUGAUCGCGGGCGUAGCUCUGGCGGUGAAAAACCUUCAUCCGAAUGUAACGAUUAUCGGCGUCGAGUCGGAGAAGUGUCCCAGUUUCUACAAGGCGAGGAAGGCGGAUCGACCGACGUACACUCGUAUAGAUUCGACGUUGGCCGACGGCCUGGCCGUCCCCGUGGUGGGAUACAACGCUUUCGCGACCGCGAAUCCGUUGAUCGACAAAUUGGUCGUGGUGAAGGAGGAGUGGAUCGCCAUUGCGAUCUUGAAACUGGUCGAGAACGAGAAGUGUAUCGUGGAGGGCGCCGGUGCCACUGGACUGGCCGCCAUCUUGGCUGGCCAGCUGGAAGAGCUGAAAGGGAAAAGAGUGGUGCUGCCUUUGUCGGGUGGAAACAUCGACACGACGAUCCUCGGCAGGUGUUUGGACCGCGGACUGGCGGCGGAAGGGCGGCUUUUGAAGUUCACGGUGACGGUAUCCGAUCGACCGGGGGGAAUCGCGGAGCUUUGCAGAAUGCUGGCGAGCAUCGGUGUCUCGAUAAAGGACAUCAUGCACGAGCGGGCCUGGAUCAUGUCGGACAUCUUCAGCGUGGACGUGAAAGUGGUCUGCGAGACCAGGAAUCGGGAACACGCGGAACAAUUGAAGAACAUGUUGUAUCAGAAAUAUCAGAAGGUUGUGUUCGGAACCAGCGACGUGGCCACCCUCAAUUUGCCUGUAAGCGUGUAACUCG